AAGCCCCUUCCAGACAACGCAAGCUGUCUAUUAUCCUGCCUGAAAGAGCAACUUUUAUUGAUUUAUAUAUAUAAAUAUUUUUAUUUGUCUCUUAAACGCGGGUAUGCGUCCCGAAUCCUUGUUUGAAGCAGCUUAUCGCGCUGAAAGUUAGGCCAGUCCUCCAUUCAGCGUCGCUUGUCAGUGCCAGGGAGGUGCCUGAGUUCUUUCCUGUUGUAACUAUACACUCACAGCUUCAGUGAGAAAUUUCCAGCUCGGAUGAAAGAAGACGGGCAUUAACAAAAAAAACUGUAAGGAACAAAAAGAAAAGAAAGAGAUUUGUAUACUGGAUACUUGUACAGGAAGGACUGGGAUUAGGUGCUUAUAGCAUGGUUUUGUGAAACGGGUGUUUUUUUUUUUCUAUAGAAGAGAACUGAAGCAGCAGCAACAGGACAAGCUGAGAGCUGAACUCAAUCCAGGAUCCCCACAGAACUGCUGGAAUUCCAACUGAUUUUACUGCCUCUGGGAUCCAGUAAAAAUUGCAAACAUUCUGUGCUGUAAGGACACCCCCGUGAUGUCGUACGAGGGAGACCUGGAGCAGGCUGACACUGGAGAGAGUUUCUGGGAGCCAGGGAAUUACAAAAGGACAGUGAAGCGGAUCGAUGACGGCUACAAGCUGUGUAAUGAGCUGGUCAGCUGUUUCCAGGAGCGAGCGAAAAUCGAGAAGAGCUACGCCCUGCAGCUGACUGACUGGUCCAAGAAGUGGAGGAGCAUCAUUGAGAAAGGGCCGCAGUACGGCACGCUGGAGAAGGCCUGGCAUGCCUUCAUGAAUGCUGCAGACCGGCUCAGUGACAUCCACACGGAGCUGAAGAGCCACCUGGCUGUGGAGGACAGCGAGAAGGUACGCAACUGGCAGAAGGACGCCUACCACAAGCAGAUGAUUGGGGGCUUCAAGGAGACCAAGGAGGCAGAGGACAGCUUCCGUAAAGCACAGAAACCCUGGGUCAAAAAACUGAAGGAUGUCGAGGCUGCAAAGAAGAGCUACCACCAGGCCCGGAAAGAGGAGCGCACUGCACUGACCCGCGAGACCCACGCCAAGGCAGACUCCUCCGUGUCCCAGGAGCAGGUGCGCAAGCUGCAGGACCGGGUGGAGAAGUGCACCCAGGAAGCUGAGAAGACCAAGGAGAGGUAUGACAAGGCUCUGGAGGAGAUCAACAGGUACAACCCACGAUACAUGGAGGACAUGGACCAGAUCUUUGAGCUCACCCAGGAGGCGGAGAAGAAACGGCUGCAAUUCUUCAAAGAGGUCCUUAUGGAUGUUCACCACCACCUUGACCUCUCCAGCAAGGACAGCUUCCACUCCCUGUACCGAGACCUGAACCAGACCAUUGUGGCAGCCAGUGACCAGGAGGAUCUGAAGUGGUGGAGAAGCACACACGGACCGGGCAUGAACAUGAACUGGCCACAGUUUGAGGAGUGGUCUCCCGAGGCAACCCGAUCGAUCAGUCGGAAGGAAAGGAACAGCAAAGCAGAGGAUGUUGUGACUCUGACCAACAUUGUACCCGCUGGAGAGGAGGUCACACAGACAGCACAGGAGCUGAACAGGUCUAAUGUAGAGGAUGAUGCUAACCGUUACUGUGAGAGCUUAUCAGAUCAACCCGAACAAACAAGCACCAAAGAUUACUCCUCGGACUGGUCCGAUGAAGAAAGCCCCAAAAAAUACAUCGGCACCAACGGUGUGGAGGAGGACGUGAAGGUACCGGGGGUGCAAGUAAAAGCGUUGUAUGAUUACAUGGGGCAAGAGGCAGAUGAGCUGAGCUUUAAAGCAGGUGAAAAGUUAAUGAAGAUUGGGGAAGAGGAUGAGCAGGGCUGGUGCAAAGGUCAGCUUGAAAGCGGACAAGUUGGACUUUAUCCUGCUAACUAUGUUGAGCUGAUCGGGUCAUGAUGACCAGUUCCUGACGUCCUGCAGCUGUUCAUAUCGAGGCCAAUGAGAGACCGAGAGACAAUAACUGAUCUUUGAGUCGGAGGGGAUUUCGACUCCCAACCCUGAAGCUAGUUCCAGGUCAUAUGGUUGAAGUUUUGUGAAUUAUACAAACCUAUUGAAUGCAAAACUAAAUAAAUCCAGAUAAUUCCACUGUGAAACGGGACACUUCUCAAGGAUGUUGCAUCACUGAAUAAUACUAGCUUGGAUUUGCAGCCACUUUUCUGUAUUUUUAUAUAUUUGAAGUUCAGUGCCUUUAGUAAGUCCAAUUGAGUCUGUACUGAAGCUGCUCCAAGUCCUUCCUGUCAAUGCACACUCGUUCUUGGAAGUUGGCAGAUUCAGGGUUCGGAAGUCUAAUUACAACCUCUUUGACAAAGAAAACAGUCCGAUAUUCAUUUUGAAUCUCAGAAAUCAAAAACCCCACUUAUUAUCUAUAGUUUCUAUUGCUUUUUACUGAUUUUAUAUAUAUAUAUAUAUAUAUAUAUAUAUAUAUAUAUAUAAAUAUAUAUAUAUAUAUAUAUAUAUAAAUAUAAAUUUAUAUAUAAAUUACACACAAUGUUGGGGGGCAAAGUUAUUCAUAAAUAUAUUCACAAGUAUAGAGAGGGGACAAAUGUUUUUUUUUUCUAACACGUUAUAGUAAUGUAGAUUUUGUUUGCUAAUAAAACAAUUGAAAGGCAGACUGGUGCGCUAUCCUUUCAUGCUUGUUAAAUAUUUAAAACUGGAUUCUCUGGAUUCCCUACUGAACAGGCUUUUACAUGGAGAAUGUUCAAGUGGUGUUGCUCUGGCUUCAUCCCAUAGUACUGUACCAAGUAAUUAGUUUAAUAUACUGUUUCGUCUCAUAUUGCUGUACCUAAAGGUUGGAUUCUUGACACUACAGCAGUCAGUGCUGCUAUACGGAAGUUGUUCCUGCCAUUCGGCACAGUGUUCAGUGCUUGCUUAAAUGUAGCUUUUAAGUGAGAGUUUUGGACUGGGAUACGGGGGCUUCAGAUCUUGAUUCAACUGUCCGCAUCGCUACACUCUUGGGGAAGAAAUACAAAGUAUUCAAUACAGUUGCUGAUUUUGAGAGAAUUUUAUUUUGUGCCUGAACUUGCUUUUUGAAGUUAAAUAAAUAAGUGUUUGAUGCCAGAACUGUUUAAAUAUGUUUUAUUUAUAGUGUUCAGCUGCAUUUUAACAAGAAUCAAGAUUACAGGAAA